AAACAUUGACAUUGACAAUCAUGAUAUUGUCUUGUUUUGGUUUGGAAAUUGAAAUUUGGUCGAGUAAAUUUGCAGCCAAAAAAUAACUUUGGAAAGUUGAAUUAAAAUAUGAUUGUAUUUUGCUGAACGAUGUAUUUUCGAAAACUUUAUACACUUGUCUUUGUCCGCAACGAUACGCACAUUUUAUUAGGGCUCAAAAAACGCGGCUUCGGCGUAGAUAAAUGGAACGGUUUUGGCGGCAAAGUCGAACAAAAUGAAACAAUUAUCGAUGCUGCGAUCCGGGAAUUGAAGGAAGAAUGCUGUGUGACCGUUAAAAAGUGUAAUUUAAAGAAUAUCGGCCAUUUGGAGUUUACUUUUGAAGGUGACUCCACUAUGAUGGAUGUAAGGGUAUUCUCCACGUCUAUUUUCGAAGGGACUCCCACUGAAACUGAUGAGAUGUCUCCAAAAUGGUUUGCCUACACAGAGAUCCCAUUCCAAGAUAUGUGGCCAGACGAUGCCAUAUGGUUCCCUUAUAUGUUAAAAGAUAAACUAUUCCUUGGCAAGUUUCAUUAUAAAGGAUAUGAUACCAUACUAAACUAUGAGCUACAGGAGCUUGAGUCUAUGGAAGCAUUUUAUCGUAACAGAAAGACUUAAAUGCUUAGUUUUCCAUAAUGUAAAAAUUUGUUAUUGUUUUUUUAAUAAUAAUCUAAUGCAGAUCUAUAGAGCAUACUUUGACUGUGUUCAGUCUUUAGACAUAUGUUAAAAUGAGACAGCGCUAUAUUGCUGGCAUAAAUCUGUCUCUUUUUAAAUGAAACUUAAGUCAAACUUGAGCAAGGUGAAAGUGCACUCUAUUGAUUUUUGCCUAAGACCAUGUUAAACAUGGUUUAUUAUCACAAGUAUUAUAAUUUCAUAACUAAGUAUUAAUGAAUCUUAAAUUCUGUGCUGUGAAAAAUAGAUUUAAGUGUUAGAUAAUAACUUGUUCCUGCACUUUGUUGUUUUCAAUUUUUAUAAAUAAAGUUUGAGAUAUUUUGAUUU